GUACAUGUGCUCAUCCUAUUUCCUUUUUUGUUUCACAUAAUCAUUUGUCGCCUUCCACCUGUUCAUUCAUUACAUCCUUAGAGUCUAUAUCCAUCCCUAAAACUGUGCAUGAGGUUUUGUCUCAUCCUGGUUGGUGUGCCGCAAUGGUGGAGAAGAUGAUUACCGUAGAUGAUAAUUGUACUUGGGAUUUUGUUUCUCUCCCUGUAGGAAAGAAGACUAUCGGUUGCAAAUGGGUGUUUGCAGUUAAAGUCAAUCCAAUCCUGAUGGUUUUGUUGCUCGGUUAAAAGCGCACCUUAUAGCGAAAGGCUACGCACAAACUUAUGGCAUUGAUUAUGCCGAUACUUUUUCUCUUGUAGCAAAAAUGGUAUCUGUGAGGUUGUUUAUUUCAUUAGCUUCAAUCAAUUAUUGACCUUUACAUCAUCUUGAUAUUAAAAAUGCAUUUCUUCAUGGUGAUCUUCAAGAAGAGGUGUAUAUGGAGUAACCACUAGGGUUUGUUGCUUAGGGGGAGAAUGGAACGGUGUGUCGCCUUCGUAAAUCCUUGUAUGGAAUAAAGCAGAGUCCACGAGCUUGGUUUGGUAAAUUUAGUCAGGUGAUUGAAAGCUUCGGAAUGCGGAAGAGCACGUUAGAUCAUUCGGUCUUUUUUAAAAGAUCUGAGGGUGGUGUCAUCUUAUUAGUCGUAUAUGUGGAUGAUAUUGUGAUUACUGGUGAUGAUGCUUUAGGUAUCCAGUCUCUGAAGACCUUUCUUCAUAGUCAAUUCUAUAUAAAAGAUUUGGGCAUGUUGAAAUACUUCUUAGGAAUUGAGGUAAUAAGAAGCAAGAAAGGAAUACUAUUAUCACAGAGAAAAUAUAUACUUGACUUGUUGACUGAAACAGGAAAGCUAGGGGUUAAGCCAUGUAGUACCCCAAUGAUGCUCAACUUACAGCUCACAAAAGAUGGAGAAUUGCUAAAAGAUCAUGAAAGAUAUAGGAGGUUAGUGGGAAAACUUAAUUACCUUACUUUGACUCGACCCGACAUAGCCUAUUCGGUAAGUAUUGUGAGUCAGUACAUGUCAUGCCCUACAGUUAAUCAUUGGGUUUCAUUGGAACAUAUUCUUUGUUAUCUAAAGGUUGCUCUUGGGUGUGGUUUAUUAUAUAAGGAUUAUGGUCAUACUAAUAUUGAAUGUAUCUCAAACGCCGAUUGGGUAGGAUCUAAAGAAGACAUAAGAUCAACCUUAGGGUAUUGUGUUUUUGUUGGUGGUAAUUUGAUUUCUUGGAAGAGUAAGAAGAAAAAUGUGGUGUCACGUUCAAGUGCGAAAUCAGAAUAUAGAGCAAUGGCACAGUCUGUGUGUGAAUUGAUUUGGAUAUAUCAACUUCUUGUUGAGUUGAGAUUUGAAAUCACCACACCGACAAAGUUGUGGUGUGAUAAUCAAGCAACACUUCAUAUUGCAUCUAAUCCAGAAUUUCAUGAAAGGACUAAAUAUAUUGAAGUUGAUUGCCAUUUUGUACGUGAGGAAAUUCAACAAGGAUUGGUAUCUACAGGAUAUGUGAAGACUAGAGAACAAUUAGGAGAUAUCUUCAUGAAAGCAUUGGAUGGAAGACGUAUAGAUUAUCUAUGUAACAAGUUGGGCAUGAUUAACGUAUAUGCUCCAACUUGAGAGGGUGUUAUAAUUCUAUUGUUAGGGUUUUCCAUUCUUGUAAAUAUUUUGUGAUAAUUUUCUUUUCUAUGCUUUGUACACUUAUAUAUAUUCAUAUCUUUGGUGAAUGAAUAGAGGAUUCUGAUUCUCUCUCAAACCUAAGAGUUUUACAGAUACAAAGCACAAUUUGUGGCUAAAGACUUUACACAAACCUAUGGGAUUGAUUAUCAAGAAACAUUUUUCCUGUUGCAAAAAUCAAUUCUAUUAGAGUGUUGUUAUCCAUCACUGUUAUUUCAGUUUGGUCCUUUUAUCAACUUGAUGUAAAAAAUACCUUCCUAAAUGGUGAUCUUGAAGAGGAGGUAUUUAUGAACUUACCACCCAUCUUUGAAGUGAACCUUAGAACCAGGAAAGUGUGCAAGUUAAAGCAAUCUCUCGCCUUAAACAAUCCUCAAGAGCGUGGUCUGAAUGUUUUGGGAAAGCAGUGACAAGUUAUGGCUUCAUUUAGAGUCAAGCAUACCACACCAUUUUUUACAGACACGCUAGCCAUGAUAAGAUAGUUGUUUUGAUAGUGUAUGUCGAUGAUAUCAUUCUCACAGGUAAUAAGGAAGUUGAGUUGAACAACUUGAAGGACAAAGUAGUUAAUGACUUCCAAAUUAAAUACCUGGAACUUUGAAAUACUUCCUAUGUAUGGAAUUUGCUAGGUCAAAGAAAGGUAUCCUUGUCAAUCAAAGAAAAUAUAUUGUUGAUCUUCUUGAUGAGACAAGCUUACUUGUUUUUCGAACGACAGAAACUCUUAUUGAGCUGAAUUUAAAAUUGCAAGCUGCAAUAGAUGGAGAGAUGAAAGACAAGGAGAAAUACCAAAGACUCGUGGGAAGACUUAUUUAUCUAUCUCAUACUCAUCUAGAUAUUGCGUUUGUAGUCAGUAUGGUAAGUCAGUGCAUGCAUGCCCCAGGGUAAUGCACUCUGAAGCAGUUUAUAGAAUUCUCAGAUAUCUGAAAGGGGCUCGAGGAAAAGGCAUAUUGUUUAAUAAGAAUGAUCAUUUUUUUUUCCUGAAACAAAAACAUAACUUUUCGUUGAUCAAAUGAAAAGAGUCUAAUGCUCAAAGUACAUAGAAACAUAAGAGCAAAUACAACGAAUUAUAGACUCAGGAUCGGGAGGUGCACCUAGAUAUAUCAAUUAGGUUGACACAUUCAAAGCACCCACAUCAUAUCCCUAUACGAAAGAGAUCCACUUGAUAUAUAUAAAGAAUACAUGAUUACAUAGAAAAACAAAAGCAUUCGAAUAAGGCAUAUAUCUUGAAUAGAGUAAUUGGCAAAGGACUUCAAAUGGGAGCUCCACCAAGAAGCUACUAGAUGGGUUGUUCCAAGACGAUCAAAAGUUGAUGCAUAUUCUCUAUAUGACUUCCCAAAAACCCAAGAAAAAUUUGCUUGUAUAUGAACUCUCAAACAGUAGGUGCUGCACGACUUCUUCAUUUGCUAGACACAAAGGGCACAUGGUGGGAGAUAAACAAUGAUACCGGAGUUGGUCAUGUAGAGUGGCCAAACAGUUUAGAGUCCCAAAAAAAAAAAAAAA